CUUUGCAAAAAAGCUGCUGCGCAUGCGCGAGCGCGUCGUUUGCGAGCGCCCCCUACAUGGUUGGAAUGAUAGCAGACGACAGCUCCCUGCCUGGCUGGUCACUCCGGCACGUUCAGGCAAGCUCCCGUGCCCACGUUUCUGAGUGUCAUGCCAGCGCACUGCGUCGCGUAUGGGUGUACGAAUUAUUACGGCAAGAAUAACGUGGGUUUUUUUCGGUUUCCGUCCGAGAAGCUGUAUCCACUGAAAAGAGCGUCAUGGGUGAACGCCGUAAAGCGGUUGAAUGCGGACGGCUCAGUGUGGCAGCCAAACGUGCACUCAAGGAUUUGCAGCGAGCACUUUAUAGCAGGCCGGCCUUCAAACUUUUCUAGCCACCCUGACUACGUGCCAACUGUUUUCUCAUACACCCGAACUGCCGGACCGGCUGCAGUGGACCGGCAUGGUCGUUGGAUUAAGAGGCAUGCAACAGCACGCGGUCCAGCUUCUACAACGCUGCAGGAAGAGAAAAGCAAGAGUGCAUCUACAGGCACCAAAUCCAACGGGGCUGCUGCAUCUGAUAAGGACGAGAAUGGCGGUUCAGCUUCUACGACGCUGCAGGAAGAGAAAAGCAAGAGUGCAUCUACUGACGUCAAAUCCAAUGGGGCUGCUUCAUGUGAUAAGGACGAGAAUGAAACAUGCACUCUUCCCGAGGAGGCUCCCAGUGAUCAAGCUUUAGGUCAGAGUCUGCCUCGGUUAAAGGAGCCACCCAAUGACUGCAAUGACCACAAGGAACAAGCUAGAAGUGAUUGUGCUUCCUGCAAUGAGUUGAAGGAGAAACUAAACCACAUGGAGGAAAAACUUGGACUGCUGCAUGAUACUGUGACAAAACUGCAGCAAAGGAAUGACCGUCUUGAAAGUCAGCUUGAUGCAUCCAAGUUGCAGUUGCUUACACUAGAAACAAUUCAGGAGUCGCCCAAGAGCUGUAUGUUUUACACUGGGUUACCGCGCUAUGAAGUUUUUCAUUCGUUGCUGCAAUACCUUACACCUAGGGCUGAUGAGAUGUCUUACUGGAACUGGGAAAAAAAAAGCCAAAAUGAAACUCGUGGCCGGCCGAAAGAAACUGAAUUAGCCAUGGAAUUUUUUAUGGUUCUUGUGCGGCUUAGGACUGGAAUGCGUGGAAAGGAGCUCGCGCGCAACUUCAGUAUAUCCGAAAGCCAAGUGAGCCGUAUUUUCACAACGUGGAUAAACUUCCUAGAGAGGGAGCUUCGGCACCUUAACCAUAUACCUUCACGAGAACAAAUUCUGCCUCACCUCCCAAAAUCUUUUCGACAUUUCGAAAACACGAGGCUUAUUUUGGAUGCCACAGAGGUCAGAAUACAGCGACCAUCGUCUCAAAGUGCGCAGCGCCAGACAUUUUCUUCCUACAAACACUACAAUACGUAUAAAGUCCUUAUUGGGUGCACACCUGACGGAUACAUAGCAUUUGUAUCUCGUUUGUGGGGAGGCUCUGUAUCGGAUAAGAAUAUUCUGCAGUGUAGUGGGCUUCUGGAUGACUUGGAGCCUGGUGAUGCUAUUAUGGUUGAUAAAGGGUUCACAUUCCCCUACUUGCCUCCUGACCUGACAGUAUACAGGCCUCCUUUUCGAGAACGACAUGAAAUGCAAAUGAAUGCCCAAGAUGUAUUAGAGACAAGGCGCAUUGCAUCGGCAAGGGUUCAUGUAGAAAGAGUGAUCGCACGUGUCAAAAGCUUCCAUAUCCUAGACAGGCCAUUUCCAAUUUGUAUGAUGGACAUUGCUGAGCACAUCUUCAAAGUGUGCUGCUUUUUAAGCAAUUAUCGAAAUGUACUCAUUAAGGACACCGACUAACAAGGAUGAAAAUAAUGCCUCGAGCAAUGCCACCUGCAAACCGCAGGUAGCCGUGAUCCUCAUUCCCAGAGCUUCCACAAGUUAUAGCUUGAAUAAGUCUAAGCACGCCGUGCAUAGCAUAGCAGCGAUUCUCAUUGCAUGAUCCCCUUCUUGAUCUAUACGUUUGCGCUUGUCAAGAAUUAAGGUAGCUAUACAAUUCAUAUAGAUAAGUUACGUAUAUGCUUUCCAUACUCCUUGAUUAUACACUUUAUUCGUGACUGCUGGUAUUGUUACUCAACGCCUUUCCAUAGCCUCCAGAAGCUGUACAGACACGGGUUAUAUUUCGCAGAUUUCUCGAUCGCCUGAUUGAUAUAAUAUUAAUAUUGAAUAUCCUUUUGUUAAUCCAGCCUGUUUAUCGUGUUGAUGUCACGCGAGUGUUGCUUUGAUUCCAUUACCUCGACCUCGGCUAUUUCACAAGAUGCCAAAAGCAAGGUAAUAGGCUUGUAAUGCUAUAGGUCAUUGAAUAUCUCCAUUUUUGCGAUUACAAUGUUGGCAUUCUUCUCUCGGUACACGUGAACAUUUCGUAUGAAGAGACAAGUUUUCCAAGUAUAAUAUUCCCACCUUUCAUCAAACUGAAUGGUAUACUUCGUUUGCUUGUCGUUUGUCCCCUGCACAUGUAAAGUCCUUGCAACACUUGAGCGCUAGUUGUACACGAACCCUUCCAGUAAAGUUUGUGUGGAUGCUUUAGGUACUGUGAAGUUCAGUAUAGAAUUUCUCUGCUGCCUUUACUAUAUUAUCAAAACUACUGAUGACAUUGUCAUGCUCAUCUUCCAUUGCAUUCAUCUUGUUCUUUCCUAUGUGCAGUUUCCUGCUUACCGAUUUAAUGUUCAAAUAUAAGAUGCUGUGCUCUCAUGCGGGCAGCAGCGAAACUUUUUUUCUCAUAAAUUUCAAUGAUGCUAGUAUGUUUAUGUAUGUGUAUAGCAGCUCUCGACAGCUGCCUCACACUUCUCAACUACCUAUCUCUCUACCCUAUAAGCCACCCAACGUACACAAAUUUUUAGAAUCUAUAAAUUUGUUUUUUAUCAGUGGCAUGUAUAUGCAUAUAUGUAUUUUCCAUACAUAGCACUUUUCUGGUUGUCACCAUUAGCAGCUUCGAGCGCCCUCGCCUUUGGCAAACUGUAUGCUUACAACACAAGUUUUUAAAAAAUGUUUUGUGAAUAAAUUUGAGUUUUUUUUACUCUAGGUAUUUUCAGACUGAUUUAACUCGGAAGGGUUGUUUAUGAAUUGACUGGACAUCUCCAGUGUGAAUACGACAAGGCAUGUCUGGCCUAAGGGACGCUCAUUUAGGUAAUGAAUAUCUAUAUAAAAACAAUAAGUUAUGGAGAGCUUCAGCUUCACCAGGCAAGAGGUCCGGGGCAAUUUUUGCAUUGUCAUCAUCGGAACAACUGGCAGACUUGCAAGGCUCACAGGAGUUGUCGACGGAAAAAGUCUCAAAGCAGUGAUCUGUUAAAGCACUGAUCAUGGCCAGGGAUAUUCCCUGUGGUAGCACUUGCUUUACGACGCUGAAAUUCACCACGCGAAGGCAUGUACAGUUGUCGGUAACAGUACAGUAUGAGGGACAGUGACAUGCAUGACAAACAACGGCAUUGAUUGGUGCAGCAAUUUAAUCACUAUCUAGAACUGGCAGUGGAGGUAACAGUUCCAUAUAUGUCAGGACCUGCAGUGGCACAUGAACAAAAUCGGUCAGACUUAGGCUAAUUUUGGGUGGUGCAGGAGGAUUAGAAGAGAGGCAGGUCAAGUCACAGUACUUGCGGAACAAUCGAUGAGCGCAGAGUGAUCAGAGAGAAAGUCUAUGCCAAGUAUCAGAUCAUAGGGGCAGUAGGCAAGCACGAUGAAAAGGACGACAGUAUGGCGACCAGCAAUGCUUAUGCGGGCAGUACACAUUCGUACUACGCCAGUCGUUCUGCUGUCGGCAAUGCGUACGACCCGAGUGAUGGCAGGUGCAAGAACUUUCUUUAGAUGACAGUGAAGGGUGAGCGCCUUAAGUUACCAACUUCCUAGCAAACCACGGACUGAAUUAAGGAUCCUGUUGCGGUGAAGUAGUCCCAGGGAGUCUGCUGGGGUGCGCCGGGAAAUGCUCCCAGCUAGCGAGUUCCUCUUCAUGUGUUUGGAAUGCUCUGUCCAGAUAGAAAAUGACAUUGACUAGCAUUAUGGUUGGGUCCCGCCUGUUCCCCUUGGUGGCACGUCCAUACAUGAUGAGCCAUUCUUCUCCCUUUGGUGGUGCUGAUACGCUUGAGUGGCAGCACCAGAAGAUUGGGGUCAGCCGUCCUGCAGGAGUACAGUUUCACUGAAAGUUAUGGAAACACCGCCAUGAUAAGUGACAUUGGAGCCAUUUGUUGAAGAGAAGUGAACGUGCGAGCCUCAAUUGGGCGCACUUGCAACUGUACCGUAGUUCUUGCAGUUAUUUGAGCUUCUUUAUAUUAAGCACCAAGCUGUCUUUCAGCGAACAGACAUAAAAACCGUCCUUGAUUUUCUUGUAGGAGACAUACUGUCCCGUUGUAUAUAGCUUGCCCAGUCGCUUUACACGUCUAGUGAGCACCUCUGGGAUGAAAGCUUUUAGCAUGAAGUGCAAUAUUGCUGGGAGCAUAUGAUUUUCCCAGAAUGGCCGAUCGAAAAAAAUUCUCUCUACAUGGAUGUGAUGCAUUUCACCUCGGUUUUGUGCCUCUGUCCAUAUGACAAAAUCGCACCACUUGUGCCCUGUUGUAGCCAUUUGCCCUUGAACUUGGUAGUAGUAGGCGUGGUCUUUUUUUAGGUAGACUUGCCCAUCCUUCAGCAUGCAGCAAAAUUUGCUGUCCUUGGAUGCAUCUUCUGCAGUCAUACCCUUUUUCGAAAAUAGGCAUUUUACCUCGAGCAAUCCUUGCUCGCCAUCCAGGACAACAAUCCGAUCUGGAGAGGCAGCCAAAAAUGGGUAGUGCUUGUGAAUGUGCAACCCAGUUUCGGUCACCUCCAGUUGCACAUCUCGACUGCGUAUAAGUAUGGAAUAUGCUUCAACAGCAUCUUGCUCAUGCAUCCUUCCAUAAACCAUGGCUUCGCUCAUGGCUCUAUUGCUUGGGUAGAGCAACAUUCUUAGCAAGCCUUCCGGCUUCACACAGUGACACACUCUUUUAAACACCGAGGCCGUUAUGCGACCUGUCCUUGCAGAGUGCCAGAGCUUGUUCGCUGCCUGACCCAUUGUGUCUCUGCAAAUGGUUUGACGUUGCACAUCAUCGAGGGGCUCCAUUGUUUGUAGAUGAGCACUUAUGAGGGUUUGAGCUUGCUCAGACCACAGAUCCUCUUCAUCAUUUAAAACCUGACGAUCAGGAUUCACGUUACUGUGCGCUACUUUGUCCUCGGGACACAGGUAGCGUAGCACUUGUAGUGAAGGGCAGCACGCAGAAAGGUUUGCCUUGAGUUUCGAAAUCUCGUCUUGAGACGGUCGCACAUAGGGGCAGGGGUCAUACUUGCGCUGCUUCUUAACGUAGGCAGGCUUGCUCACAACAUGCCUCUGAAAGGGGAUGUCUUGAAGUGGCAACCUUGGGGCCUGUUUUUUUACUGCACCACAAAGAAAAUAAACAUGUCAGUGAUGCAACACACAUCUAUUAUCGUAAUCAGUACAGUACUGCUUUUAAGUUUUUCUAUAGUGGAGGCUGUUACCAUCUACUAAUAGCAAUAUUUACCAGCCUAUUCUGUUGCAUACUUUUUGUUUUGUCAACAUUGCUUUCGAAUUGUGAUUCAAUAUAACAUGCAAAAAUAAAGUUCAUUUAGUGUACUGUGAUUUCUGAAUUACUCGACAAGCCGAGGCUGACAACAAAAUCAAUGUUCCAAAUAAUUUGUAAAAAAAAGAG